AUGCUAGCGCUUACGUAUAGACUUAUGGCAGCCAAACGGUUCGUCCCGAUGGUUCCAUACGGCGUGAAAAUAAGCCGUAGCUACCGGGAAAGUAAACGGCAGCAGCGUAUUGCCAUGGAAACCGCCAGGAAGCAGCGUGAGAUGAAAGGCAUGCUGCUCGACACUCGUAAAACGUUGCUCAUGAGUCUGAGGGACAACACUGGCAUCAACUGGUAUCGAGCAACCCAGAUUCUCAAGCACCUGGAGGUGCAUCGCAGGCACCCCAGCGGUGCCACGCAGGCAUGGCGCGACAAAAUAACGAAAAUCGCAGAAACCGUCAAAUCUCAGAGGUAA